AUGGACAGCACAAGGUCAUGUCGGGAAGACACCGUCAUUAAGGGCACCUCACCGGCUGCUGGCGACAGUGUACAGCAGAUGAGUCCGCUGCUCGAGUUGCCUGCCGAGCUGAGAAACACCAUCUACGCCAUGACCAUGCCUACUGAUGCAGUGAUCAAUUAUCACACCGGCGCCGAUGCUACAUAUCCAAGGCAGCCACGGCUACUACAAGUCUGCCGGCAGAUCAGAUCUGAAGCAGGCUCUCUCUACUACCGAGGAAACACCCACAAGUUCCACAUACCGGAUCUGGACGCAGCACAGUACAUACACUGGUCUCAGUGUUCGCCGCAACACAAGAAAGCAAACAUCCACCUUCACAUGUCAUUCGCGAUCCCGUUUGUUCUGGCUGGCAAAUACUUCCCCGGGGGUCUAGCCGCGAAAGACGAUCCCGAGCGACUUUGGCCCAAAUUGCGGUCAUGGCUACAGCAUUACCAUGCAUGUGAAUGCCUCGGCGUAGCGCGACCUGUUGAUGGAACGGAGUACAGCCUGAAGGUCGCGAACACGGUGUCCGAGAUGUUCGAAAUGGUCCACAAGCUAGGACAUGAUCAUGGCUUAUAUUGGCCUCAGAUUGAGGCUGUGCUUGAGAACGUGCAGGGCGCUCUAGCAUCUGCCAACGUGGUAUGGCAGUUACGAUAA